GAAACCAACGGAAUCCCAUUUCUCUUCCUUCCUCACUCACAGACGGAUAGAAAACAGGAAAAAGAAAAGAAAAUACAAAAACCCACAGAAAUUUCAGAUUUCACUCUUUCAAAUGCAAAGACAGAGAGAGAAAGAGAGAGAAAUCUGAGAGAGAGAGAGAGAGGGGGAGAGAGAGAGAGUGAGAGAUGUCGAGGAGCUUCAAUAGCCCUUCUAGAAGCCCUGGGAAUUCGAGGUUGCAGCACGUGGGUGCGGUUUCUCAGAGGCAGAGAUCUACGGCCGUGAAGAAGACUCCAGAGCCGCUACGGCGGGCCGUGGCCGAUUGCUUGUCGUCGGCAUCGUCGCUGUUGUUGCCGUCGUCUCACCAUGGGAACCCUUCUGUGGCCGCCUCGGAGGCUGCGAGGAAGCUUCGGGACUAUCUAGCUGCUCCAUCAACAACUGACAUGGCUUAUAGUGUACUUUUGGAACAUGCACUUGCGGAAAGGGAUCGCAGUCCAGGGGUUGUUGCAAGGUGUGUGGCAGUUUUAAAACAGUAUCUUCUUCGAUAUGUACCCAAGGAGCAAACAUUACAACAGAUUGACUCUUUUUGUGUAAAUUGCAUAGCUGAAUGUGCAACUGUCACAAAUCGAACAGCAUCUACGUCGCUAAAAUCAGUGGGCCAACAUUCUGCACUAUCAGUGACGUCUGGAACUGUUCGUCCGCCCUCAUCACCAGUAGCCAGCUUUGCAUCUGGAGCACUAGUGAAGUCAUUGAAUUAUGUUCGUUCUUUGGUGGCUCGACAUAUGCCGAAACGGCCAUUCCAACCAGCAGCAUUUGCCGGGGCCUCUACUGCAUCAAGACAAUCUCUCCCAACUUUGUCGUCUUUAUUGCGUAGAUCUUUUAAUUACCAGUUAGGCCCAGGGCCUCUCAACGCUAGGGAAUCUCCUGAGAGGAGAGAAUUUUCCGGUUUGUCUGCUUUGAACUCACCAAGUUCUGAAAGGGCUGAUGUGGACGAAGGCAUCAAGUAUAUUGCUAUCGAUGUCCUUAAAUGGAGAUGGUCUGGGGACAGAGAACAACAAUCAUCGUCUGUCACAACAAAAAGCGAUGGUGUUAGGAGUGCCCAAGAGCUCCAUAUACAUAGUUUCUUAGAAGUUGGCGCUGCAGCUCUACUUGUUGGUGAUAUGGAACCUAAAAUGAAGGGCAAGCCUCAGAAAUAUCCCUACACUCGAGAUAUAUCUGAUCUUGAUCCACUCCUGCAGCCCUCGACAAUUGUGACUGCUACUAAUUUUGCCUCAGCUCCUUCCCAUUUGAGAGCUAUAACUGCCUCUAAACGCAUGAAACCAGGCGCUCAUCAAGUUUGGGAGGAUGUUCCUGUAAACACAUUCCGUCCCCGUGCUCACCCUCUUUUCCAGUACCGGCAUUACAGUGAACAGCAACCGUUGCGGUUAAAUCCUGGUGAAGUCUACGAGGUUAUAGCUGCAGUUUGCUCAGAGACCUCUUCACCGAAUGCGAAUCUUAUGACAAUGUCAUCCAGAUUAACUAACCGCAGUGGAAAGCCUUCCAUGGAUGUUGCAGUCAGUGUCCUUAUCAAGCUUGUAAUUGACAUGUAUGUCUUGGAUUCUCGGACUGCUGCUCCCCUAACUCUUUUUAUGCUGGAGGAGAUGCUUAAGUCACCAAGAUUGGCUUCUAGGCUUCGAGCUUUUGAUUUGAUUCUAAACGUUGGAGUUCAUGCCCAAUUAUUGGAGCCCAUGUUACCUGAAUACACUCCCACAAUUGAAGAAGAGGAGGAAUCUUCUCAAGAAUCCUAUCCUACCAAUGAAGCAGAGAACGAGACAAUAGCAAAGGAAAAUAUAGAGCCUGACAAGAAGGACAAGCGAUCCUCGGCUAUUGAUAACUUCGAGUCAUGGCUUUUGGGCAUUCUGUAUGAGAUUCUUCUUCUUCUUGUUCAGACGGAAGAAAGAGAAGAAAGAGUCUGGGCAUCUGCUCUAAGUUGCUUACUCUACUUUGUUUGCGAUAGAGGUAAAAUAUGGAGGAGCAGAUUGGAAGGUCUUGACAUAAGGGUUAUUAAGGUGCUUUUGGAGAUUAGCAGGGAGCAUUCUUGGGCAGCAGCAGUUCGUUCCAAGCUUAUUUGCAUGUUGACAAACAUGUGCUAUCAAGUUCCUAAUGAGUCCAUGGAUCCUGACCCUAAUAUUCCAAUAUUUGUUGUCGAACAGGUUGAUCUGCUUGGAGGGAUUGAAUUUAUUUGCCUUGAGUAUUCACAAGCAAACUUGAGGGAAGAAAAGAGGAAUCUAUUUCUUGUUCUUUUCGACUACGUUUUGCAUCAGAUAAAUGAAGCUUACGUGGCUGCUGGAGCUUCCGCAUACAGCUAUGAAGACAUCCAACCGCUCGCUACAAUGCUUACUCUUGCAGAUGCGCCUGAAGCUUUUUACAUUGCUGUUAAGCAUGGAGUUGAAGGCAUCGGAGAGAUAUUGAGAAGAUCUAUUUCUGAAUCAUUGUCCAGAUAUCCCAACUUUGAACGCUUAAAUACGCUUUUGGAGAAGAUCACAAGGAGGCUUGAUUCAACUAUAAGCAUGUUCACUCAUUUGGAUGAGGAGUUCUCGUACAUGAUCCGCAUAACAAAAUCUUAUAAGUCUUUGGAGAGAAUUGAGCAUGGACUUGAGGAAGUUGAUGUUGGCAUGAAAAUUAAACUUUCUUGGGCUACUUUACAUUCUCUUCUUCACUCAGAACGAUCUUCCUAUCGCCAUAAUGGCUAUAUUUGGCUUGUUGAAUUGCUUGUUUCGGAAAUUAGUGAAGGGGAUACAAGUAUUUGGUUGAAUAUCAGUAAUUUACGGAAGCAAAUUGGAAUUGCUGGUAAUCAGGAUUCUUCAAUGGACUCGUCAGUUCCUUUACCCAUUUGUAUUUUGUGUGGGCUACUGAAGUCAAAGCACAACUUUAUUAGAUGGGGAUUCCUUUUUGUCUUGGAGAAGCUUCUUAUGCGCUUGAAAUUGUUGUUGGACGAAAAUGAGCUGCAGCAGAAGGGCAGUGGGGAAGUUGUUAGUUCUGGUCAGAGAGGUAACUGCCUGGAUGAAGCAAAUGCAGUGAUAGACAUAAUGAGCAGUGCUUUGUCCUUGGUUGUUCAAAUCAAUGAAACAGAUCGAAUCAAUAUCUUAAAGAUGUGCGACAUGCUACUUUCUCAGUUAUGUCUGAGAGUUUCCCCUGCAACUGGAGUGUGUCUUGGGGAUCUCACAUUCCUUGGUAACCUUUUUGGGUGUACAAAUGAGAGCGGUAGGGCCGAUGGAGGUCCACGUGUCCUGCAACAAGUAAAGAGCCAUGGCAGAGAUGAGCUGUUGGGAGAUAUCGGUAGCAGCAGUCAGCCGGAUCACCCGCCUUUAAUUUGCAAGACCACAUCGAUGGCAGCAUUGCUUCUUAGAGGAUAUGCUUUUGUUCCUAUGCAAUUGGUGGAACGUGUUCCGACUGCUUUGUUCUAUUGGCCAUUGAUUCAACUAGCUGGUGCGGCAACAGAUGAUAUUGCUCUUGGUGUUGCUGUUGGCAGCAAAGGAAGAGGCAAUCUACCUGGGGCUACAUCUGAUAUUCGAGCGGCCCUCCUUUUGCUUCUGAUUGGGAAAUGCAGUGAUCCUGCUGCAUUUCAAGAAGUUGAUGGAGAAGAGUUUUUUAGGGAACUAUUAGAUGACACAGACUCAAGGGUCGCAUAUUACUCUUCGGCGUUUCUUUUGAAGCGAAUGAUGACAGAAGAACCUGAAAAGUACCAGCGCAUGCUUCAAAGUCUAAUUUUCAAAGCACAGCAGAGCAACAACGAAAAGCUACUGGAGAAUCCAUACCUCCAGAUGCGUGGCAUCCUUCAGCUGUCGAAUGAUCUUGGAAAUCAACUAUAAUCUAAUUGACCUGUUUGUAUCAUAUGUGGGUUUUGCUUGGCUUGGACAAACACAGCUAACAUUGCACUUCGGCAGCUUGUGCUU